CUUGAUCUCUCAAACUACCACCAUGAUUAUCCCAGUGAGAUGCUUUUCGUGCGGAAAAGUUAUCGGGGACAAAUGGAACGCAUAUCUCGAGCUGCUAGCCAAUGAUAUGAGCGAAGGUGACGCUCUCGAUGAGUUGCAGCUGAAGCGAUAUUGCUGUCGGCGAAUGGUGCUCACGCAUGUUGACCUCAUCGAAAAGCUACUGCAUUACAAUCCUAUGGAGCGCUCGAAGGACAAGAACUAUUGAUACCUUCUGUGCAGAGUGUGUCAUGCAUGUAUCCACGCUUGUGCUUGCCAGUGACUAUGUAUGAGUUAUGAGUAGUGUAGGGGGGCAGGCUGACGCAGAACAACUUGAAACUGGCAAAAACUGGUUGUUCUGCACGGGUGGCGAAACUCUAGACCAUGUAGACUGUGUCCGACAUUCCUAUAACGAUAACAUUAAUGUUGCCUAGGUCAUCGACUGAUCUACAUCCUCGCCAAUAUUAAUACUGUAAUUACAUAACAACUUCAACCUCCGGUAUCAUUAUUCCUUGCGUAGCAUUUUCUUCGACUCCACUUC